UCGGAAUCAUUUACAAAUAACACCAGAUUGAGAAAAGUUGUAAAUAUGAAAUGCUUCGGGUUUUCGAUUGUCUUAGUGAUUUUUAUGACACUGAGUGUCUCUGAUGUAUCCAGCCAAGGAAUAAUCGUGGAGGCCGCCCUGCGUAGAAUACUGGAAAACUUUCGUCAAAUUAUGCGCAAUGGAAACCCGGAAACAGGAUUUCCAGUGAUAGCUCCAUAUUUCAACGAAGAUCUAUUCAUCAAUGCCAGUUUGGGAGGAUUAGUCGAUUUCGACGUUCGAAUGACCCCAAUUCAUAUCGAAGGGCUGGAUGCUUUCGUAGGACGACUUGGGGUCGAUUUGUCCAAUUUGAGGUUUCCAUUCGAGUUUCGCUACGACGACGAGAUUAUCAUCAAUGGAUUUUACGACAUGAACGGACGGUUGUACGGAUUAAUCCCUAUUUUUGGUGUCGGGAAUGUGUUCAUCCGUCCUAAGGGCGUUCUCGCUACAGGUUGGGCCACCAUCGUGGACAAUGGAGAGGGAAUGCUAGCGCUAAGUGAUUUUUCCCUUAGUCUGAUGAUAGAUUCGUUGGAUACAAACAUCGAAGGAAUGCUACUUGGCGGGGAAUUGUCUGAUCUGUUGAACGUCGUCAUUCAAGACAUUGUACCAUCGUUUUUGAGAAAUUUCCCCGAGGGUGUUACAAAUUUGCUUACCGCUUUUGUUAAACCUCUGGCUAAUCGUUUCCUUGCCACGAGAUCGAUGGAAGAUUUGCUACGUCUCUUGUUCCCGAGAGGAACCUAGAAUACGAAGUUACUCACAACAAUUCAAGGUCCAAAAGUUGCAAUUGAG